AUGGAUGAUUUUGGCUAUUUAAGCUGCCAACAAUCGUGUCCUCAGGCCUACAUGGAGGACAUCUCACACCAGGUCACACAGGUUUCAAUCUUCCGGGUCGCUGAAGAACGUCGCACCUCGCUCCUCACGCGCGCGCUAGUCGAAGCCGAGGCGCAAUGGUGCUCGGAGCGUCGUCGUCGGUGUUUCGGGACUGUCGGAGGAGCGGAUGAGAUGCCGGGGAACAUGAGCAAAGAGGACGCCCCGGGUCGGAGCGCUUCUUUGACGUUCACCAUCGACAACAUCCUCAACCUGAAGCAGCGGGACGGCGGGGACUUGGACGCGUCAAAGGGACAGAAGGGGGACAGUGGAUGUAAGGAUGGUUUACAAGCGCGGUGUGAGGAGGUGUGGGACGUCCGGAGGAGGCAUGGCAGCGGGUCAGACCAGACAGCGCAAACGAAGCCCAGAGUCCACCGUGCGGACCGCGGGGACGACACACCGCCGCUGACCGCUGGCUCCUGUCCCGGGGCGCACGGUGCGCACACCGCCGAGGACCCAUCCGAGCAGCAGCGGCGGCAGCAACAGCAGCAGCAGCAGCAGCAGCAGACCACCGCGGACUCUAAAGCCAUGGUGAAGAAGAAAACGCGCACCAUCUUCUCCAAGAGACAGAUAUUCCAGCUGGAGGCCACUUUUGACAUGAAGCGCUAUCUGAGCAGCUCGGAGAGAGCGUGCCUCGCCAGCUCCCUGCAGCUCACCGAGACCCAGGUCAAGAUCUGGUUCCAGAACCGCCGCAACAAGCUGAAGAGACAGCUAUCCACGGACAUGGAGGGCCCGCUGGCCGCGGAGCACCUCUCCGAGGCGGGGAAAAAUGUGCAAUUACCGACUUUUUACAAAGACAGCAGCCUGCUGGGCGGAUGUUUGUUACCCAUGCCUUUCCCUGUCGUGUACCCGACUGCGACCGCUGCGCCUUAUAUCUACUUCUCCAACACUGGCAAAUACUUUGGCCUGUUUGAUGCAGACUGA